GAUAGGUUUCGCUCAGAGUCUCUGGAUGAAGUGCUUAUGAUGUCGCGGGCGCGGCCCUGGAUGCGCAUACCGACGAUGUAUUUAUGUCUCCUCAUGAUGGUCCUGUCUGACGGCCAGGGCGAGACGCUGAUUGCGGCGCGGCAGAGGAUCAUGGGAUGGCGGAUGAAUCUGCGGUUGGGAGAACAAAACAUACGCGUGGAGCUAAAUGCCUCGAGCAAUGCGCUGGCAAAGCACAUUCUGCGGGAACGCUGCUUGGGCAACGCGACGUUCGGAGUGACAUGCAGCCUCAAAUGGUUAAUGCACCACGUCAGAGUGACAGUGGCACGGCAUUUGGCAGACGACGAUGCUGCUCGGUUUGCGUGGGAAAUGGACGACGCCUCGGCCGUGACACGCUUGCUCCGCGGGCAGUCCGGGCUGUUCCCGAGGCGGCGCAGAAACGCUGCAGCUCGGGCUGGGCUCUUCAUGAGCGUGCGAUCCCCUAUCGUAGCGCAGAUGAUGGCGGCAGCGCUGCGCGAUGCCUUCCCCGAGAGUGCAGUCCGACGUGGCGAGAUCCUGCGGCUACACGCUGCUUGCGGUACAGCACAUAUCCUCGGUUGUACGCCCGAGUUUUGGGCCGAGCUUCUUGGUUCGGAGGCAAUGGGGCUCCUCGGGGGCAUCCAUCUCACCGCGGGUGGACGAUGGACGCAUGUUGCGAAAGUCGUGGCCCUCGCUGCUUACGAAUACGCGUGUCGAGUCGCGGAUGACUUCGUUGCGCCUCCUGGGACGUUACGCGCCCUAUCAGCGGUCAUGGGCACGGCAUAUGUCUUCGACUUUGGUUCGGGUCCCUACGUAAACAAAGGCUGUGACGUCCUAGUCCUCGGACCGCCUCUUGCGUUGAGUCAUCUCCCCGAGCGUUGGACGACCCUUCAUCCUGCUAAGGUCCUCCCUGUACCUAUGGUUGUCAAUGAUUCGUCCAAUGUGCUCCGAUGGACUAACAAGAGUGGCAUCAUCAUGACCCGCGCCAACGCUUCCCUCGACUCGCCCAGGAGACGUGGUGAAAGAGACACCGUUUGCCUCGGGGGCGUGGCGUCGUUUCGUGUGCCGAAUAAUGACGACCAGCAGGCAAUCCACCAAACCUUUAAAGCCCUUGGUAUCCGCCGGAGUACUGCGGCCUGUGCGGAUCAGGCCCACGGCGGCGUGACCUUACUCACGACGAUUCCAAGGAUUACCAUGGAGCCGAUGGCAACAGAUCACAUAAGUGAGACGCUACUCGCCAUUGGAGAGAACGCGUAUCGGCCUGAUGUUGCUUCGAUCGUCGUAAUGGUCGAUCAAUGUGGCCUCGGCGAUGACGCGCUCUGCACUCGUGCUCUCCGAAGCACCAUCGCGGAGCUGAGAGUCACUCAUGCUGCACGCCUUGAAGAUACACAAGCGACAGUGGGUGCGCUGGAAAAGAUCGUCGCCGAGGCCUUUGGGCGCCAACCAACCUAUGCCGACAUGUUCCGUCGUGCCGACCGGCUCCAGGGCGUGGUUGUUCUUACCAACGCCGACAUUGUUUUCCGAGAUCUCGACAGACUCAAUGCGUCAGCACUCGCAAAGGAAAAGCUCGUCCUUGUCUUCUCUGUCUGGGUUCCGCCGUUGGGCUCUCUCUAUCGCGCACAUUGUCCAGAUCCGGUGGUAUUCGAGCGUGCGCACCACCGUGUUCAUGUCGACCGCCUUCUCAAUGUCUGUCCAAGGGACGGCACCAGUUGGUCCUGGGACAGUUUCGCCUUCCACGCACCGCUCAGCAGGGGAGGCAGUGACCUGAGCUACGAGACACUAGAGGAACUCAGACCGACGCCAGUAUACAUGAACCAGAUGGGCGCAGAGCAUCGUGCCGGCUACUUUGUCCGUGCAAAUGGAUUUUCCUUGUCCAAUGCCUGUAAUCUCGUUGGUGCCGAGCACUGGCACUGCCUCGGCGCUAAAACGCAUCCCUGGCAGCCUAGAGAAAAGCAUGUUGACUUUGAAUUGCUCCGCAUGAUAGGUUACAAUGAGUGGGUAGUCCAAGUUGGCGACAGCGGUGUCCUUGAUGGUUUUUGCGACACGAGGGGACGUGUUGCGUCGAACUGAAUGUUUUACUCUGGUCAGGCAGGCCCGGCAGGGGUCCAAACCAGCGAAUAUUAGCGUAGAAGUACGGUGUACACCCCGCUUUUAGCUUACAUCGAAGUGGGCUCAAAGGGACACUGAGGGAUGGCGUUGAAUUAUUAAUGGCGGAGUUGAGGAUUAAUCUACGUUAACGGGCGGUCAGGGGAUGGCCGGGCGGCUUCCAGGCUCGCGGGGGACCGAACCUCGAUCGUGGAUCUCAGGCUAAUUACCGAUGGUGCCAGUGCGGUUCCUAAUUUGACCCAGACAAGUGGACGGGGGGUCUCACCACGGCCCGGGGCUCUCCUAAUCUGAGAAUCAGUGAGAUUCGAGUUCCCAGCCACUCGCCCGGCGGCGAUUUUGACUACGGGGCCCCAAAAGAGUCCUUAACACACUAGCGUCCUAGCGACAAUCGCUAAGCGCACCCGGGCUGCCCCCAGCCCGUUUAGUCCACUCGCCCCCCAUAGGGCGACCGCCACAGCAAAAAACAGCAGCAAAAUCGCACCAGAA